GCCAGACAACUAGCGGUGACAUCCAGGCUAGCAGUGCAGUCAGUGAGCCCACGGACUCGGCUGCUGCUCCGGUUAGAGAUGGCGUCUCUUCUGCAGCCAGAUAGAGUCGUCUAUCUGGUUCGUGGAGAGAAAAAGAUCAGAGCACCUUUAUCUCAGCUGUAUUUCUGUCGCUACUGUAGUGAGCUACGAUCUCUGGAAUGUGUGUCUCACGAGGUGGACUCCCACUAUUGUCCAAGCUGUCUGGAGAACAUGCCAUCUGCAGAGGCAAAGCUUAAAAAGAACAGGUGUGCGAAUUGUUUCGACUGCCCAUGUUGCAUGCACACACUGUCCACUCGGGCCACCAACAUCCCGGCUCCUCUGCCUGAUGACCCCACGAAGACGGCCAUGAAGAAGGCCUACUACCUGGCCUGUGGCUUCUGUCGCUGGACCUCCAGGGACGUGGGAAUGGCUGACAAAUCAGUCGCCAGUGGUGGAUGGCAAGAGCCAGAGAAUCCUCACACUCAGCGGAUCAACAAGCUGAUUGAGUAUUACCAGCAGCUGGCCCACAGAGAGAAGCAGGAGAGAGACCGGAAGAAGUUGGCCAGGAGACGACAGUGCAUGCCUUUGGCAUUCUCGCAACACACUAUUCAUGUGGUGGAAAAAUAUGGCCUUGGAACCAGACUGCAGAGGCAGAGGUCUGGAGCUCCCAUAUCAAGCCUGGCAGGCCUUUCCCUUAAAGAGGGUGAAGACCAGAAGGAGAUCAGCAUUGAGCCGGCCCAGGCCCUUGAUGAAGUGGAACCCCUGCCUGAGGAUUGUUACACCAGGCCCAUCAGCUUACCAGAGGUGACCACGCUGCGUCAGAGGCUUCUGCAGCCCGACUUCCAGCCUGCCGGAGCGUCUCAGCUCCACCCCAGACACAAACACCUCCUGAUGAAGCGCUCCCUUCGCUGCAGGAAAUGUGAGCACAACCUGAGCAAGCCAGAGUUUAAUCCCACUUCAAUCAAGUUUAAAAUUCAGCUGGUGGCAGUGAGUUACAUCCCUGAAGUGAGAAUUAUGUCCAUUCCAAAUCUCCGGUACAUGAAGGAGAGCCAAGUGCUUCUGACCCUGACCAACCCAGUGGAGAACAUCACCCACGUCACACUGUCCGCCUGUGAGGAGGAAGAUCCCGAUGACAUCAACAGCACUGCCAAGGUUCUAGUACCCACAAAAGAACUGGUGUUGGCAGGAAAGGAUGCAGCUGCUGAGUAUGAUGAACUGGCUGAACCUCAAGACUUCCAAGAUGAUCCUGAUGUUGUUGCCUUUAGGAAAUCCAACAAGAUUGGUUUCUUCAUCAAAGUGAUCCCUCAGAAAGAAGAGGAUGCCGACGUCAUGGUUUCAUUGAAGAUCCGACACGACUUCCGCAACCUCGCGGCUCCCAUCAGGCCGAGCGAGGAGGGAGCCGAACCGACCGCUGAGGCCAUUUGGCUCACGCACCACGUAGAGCUGAGGCUGGGACCCCUCGCUCCCUGAACAUGAAUACUCCAUUCACCAUCAGUAUAGUGUUGGGUUCUUUGAACUAAUUUCUGUAAAAACUGUGGGCUGAAUUUAAUAUUACAAAUGAUUUCUGAUUCUGCUUAUUGAUCUUUUUCAGAUUUACAUGGCAUACAGCCAUUUUUUUCGUAAGUUGCGUCAUCGGCUACAUUGCAGAGCGUGGAUGUGUGAUUAUAGGUCUAUAUGAAACCAUAACGCAAUAUAGGCUACCCGAUAAGUUGUUCAAGUUUAACCUCACUUAAUGAGAUUUAUGUUUGCGACUAAAUGAAAUGUGGAACAUGUACAGUACUGUAUUUCACCACCAUCAUCCUUAAACACUAUACAAUCUAUCAGUAAAAGGCACUUUUAGUGUGAGGUUAUUCAAAGCAAACAGAACCUUAUCUAUUUAUGUAAUUGCUUAUUACAAAAUGUUUUGUUGUGUUUCAAGUGUUUUGCUGGAAUAUCAAAAAGGAUUUAUCACAGUUGUACAUACAGUAUUUUCUUUAAUGGCAAAGCAACCCUCAUUUCCCAGCCUGUCUCAACACUUGUGUGUUUUGUCUUAUUAAAUCUAUCAGCUUUGAAAUAUUGGCUUUUAAAUUAUGUAGAAAAUAGCAGUUUUUGUUCAAAAGUAAGAGUGAGAGAUUACACAUUAAUGCAACAACAUCCAGAUUAUAGAAACUGUACACAAUAAAUGACGUCGAUGAGCAGAAUCAGAAAUUAGAAUAAAGAACAAUCUGAACCACUCCCGACAGUGCAGCACAUGCCUCUGCGCUUUUCGCUUACGUAUCCUCAUCAACAUCCUUUUUCUGCAGACGAUACUAUCGUAUUAACUCGCAUGCUUCAACUAUAGUGAAUAUCGCACACGUUAGACAAUGUCAUCACUGAUCCUGUACUGUUUACUUAUCAGAAAGGUUCCUCUUUGGUCGAAGGUGAUACCUGCCUGUAAUUUUACUAUAGUCUGAAGUCAAACCUGCAUUGGCACUGUGGAGAGGAUGUAUAAGAAGCUCUGUAAAUUACAAAUAAAGUGUUCCAUCAUUUAAAUGUAUUCAGACACUAUAAUUAGUUUUUCUCUCUGAUUUACAAUGUUUUGUUUUUCUAGACUUCACUGACCACUCUGUCGGUGAACAUCGUAAGCUGCUGUCAUGUUUUAUCUGAAGUGUGUUAGUAAAACAGAGCCUUCCAACCAACAGUUAAUCCUCUGUACCGGUUAAUAAACUAAUGUGAUACUGCAACACA